AUGAUUAAUCCAAAAAUCCUUUACAGCUACAUAAGACAGAGCACACGGAACAAAGAUCCUGUCCCACUGCUGCGAACGGCUGAGGGUGUGGAAAUCUCCGAUGACAAGGAUAAGGCUGAACAUAUCUCUCAGUUCUUCCGAUCAGUCGUGACAAGUGAACCUGCUUUUUCCUCACCCGCUUAUGAAGACAAAGAAACGCCUACCCUCGAAGCCGUCUUCUUCACCGAAACAAUUGUUCGGAAUGAGUUACUAAACCUAAAAGAAUCGACCUCCCCAGGCCCUGAUGCAAUCGCGGCCAAGCUGCUGAAGGAGUUAGCUCCCGAAAUGUCCAAGCCGUUAGCCUUGAUCUUUCAAACGUCAUUCGUUACUGGAUGCCUGCCCUCUGACUGGAAGUCCGCUACCAUCACUCCGCUUUUUAAGGGUGGAAGUCGUGCAUCUGCGAAUAACUACAGGCCAGUGAGUCUUACCUCCAUCUGUUGCAAAAUCAUGGAGAAGCUCAUUAAGAAGGCCUUGGUGCAGUUCCUCGAGCAGCACCAUCUCCUUUCCGAUGCCCAACACGGCUUUCGACGUGGUAGGUCCUGCCUCACGCAUCUGCUCUUUACGCUUGAACGCUGGACCAAAGCACGUGAUGAAGGCAAUGUGGUGCACGCCAUCUACAUCGACUUCAAAAAGGCUUUCGACAGCGUUCCUCACCAACGUCUCUUGUACAAACUGCGCAACGCUGGAAUUCGUGGACGGCUUCUUGUAUGGAUCCAGAGCUUUUUGGCUGGACGGUCCCAAAGAGUGCAAGUCGGGCGUCAACAGUUCUCAGAUGUAAGCGUGGCGAGUGGCGUCCCACAGGGCUCAGUCUUAGGUCCCACGUUAUUCCUCGUUUUCAUAAAUGACUGCGUCAAGGACCUAGACUGUGAUGCCAUCCUGUUUGCCGCCGACAUAAAAUUGCGGAAAGUUAUUCACAAUGCGGCAGACGCAGACCACCUGCAAGCAAACUUGAACAGGCUCGAAGACUGGUCGAAGCGCUGGCUUAUGCCCUUCAAUAUAAGCAAGUGUAACUUUCUUCAACUCGGCGGCUUCAGAGCCCCCAGCCCCAGGACCUACUUUCUACACGGCACACCACUGCAACAGGUUGACAGUCAGAAGGACCUGGGUGUAUGGAUUACAUCUUCACUCAAACCAACACUGAACUGCGCGAAGGCGGCUAAAUCGGCUACGGCCACAUUGCAACUCAUUAGGCGAGCAUUUAUGGGAUUUGACCCUGACUGCUUUUCCAAAAUAUUUGGCACCUUCGUGCGACCUCAUCUAGAAUACGCCAUACAGGCGUGGAGACCCUGGACUGCCAAGGAUUAUACCGUCUUGGAGAAGGUCCAGAGACCAGCGACCAAAAUGACACAAGGUCUGGGAGCACUGCCCUAUGAAACCAAACUGUCAAUCCUCAACCUGUUUCCCCUUUCCUACAGGCAAUUACGUGGUGACCUUAUACUAACAUUUCGCCUCAUCAACGGCCUAGACUGUUGUUUAGAUCCCACUGAUUAUUUCACCCAAGCUAACACGCCCACUUUGCGCGGUCAUCCCCUAAAACUAAGCGCAGGGAAAUCAAGAAUCAAUGGACGGAAGUUCUUUUUCAGUAACAGAGUGGUUGCAGCGUGGAAUGCCCUGCCUACCGAUGUUGUAACCUCCCCCUGUGUGAAUUCCUUCAAGUGUAGACUUGACAUGCAUCAAGCUUCCCAAUUACCACUGUCACAUGCACUCACAUAACCGGGUACCAUAUUAUACGUGUUUAUACUACUUGUAAUUAGUAAGUAACCGUUAAUAAUUACUCUAUGUCGACUAGCUGACAGCUGCCCGCGAGUAAGUACAAAAUCCCUUUUUCACCUUCCCAUUUAUCCAUGUUUUUCUCCGUCGACUUGUAACCAAUAGGGAGUUCAAAGGCGCUUGCCUAUAUUUCCCUUAAUAAACUGAUACUGAUACUUUAACACGUAGUUUGAGCGAAUGAGGUCGUAGGCUCGUUAUGGUCACUAAUUUGACGAGGUCUCCGAGAAAAAGACAAAUUUCCGACCGCGCAUGAUGCGGAAUGGUCGCAGUAGGUCGCCUCUUAAUUGUCUGUAACUCAGCGGAAAAAGACCGAGGUUGGGUAGUCAUGUUUCGUAUAAUAGUGAGUCCGCUCCACUAACGAGCUUAGAUGUAGGUUUCUGAGCUUUCUGGAGCAUUUUGAGGUCUUUAACGGUUCAGGGUUUCCACGUUUUAAAAACAAACCCCAACUGUGGCCACAAAAACGUCCGAAAGACUUUGGCAAAGCAGUCUUUAGCGAAGACAGAGAAAGCCCGCUUGACAAGGUACAGGUCUUACAUCGCGGGCUUAUCUAGCUUUAGGCAGUGCAACGACGACUUAGGUGAAGCCGUGAUCCAAACACUCGUGUUUUAUGGACGUCCAUUUCCCGUAAUGACGUGUCAUUUAGGUGGCAAACCCUUCCUUCGGAGAUCAACUGCGCCGACUCUCAAAAUGUUGUCCUUAGUCACAGUAAGCUGCAAAAGCCAGUCCUGCGAUUAUUUCUCGAGCCCGUCCAGGUCUCACUGCAAAAGCUCUUCGUAAAAUUCCUUUUGGAUGACGCUCAAAGACGAGUAUACGUCUUUAUCAGCGAACACGGCGACAUCACAAUCCAGUUCAGAAAGCAGUCUUUGACUGUUAUAGACUUGCAGACACCCUAAAGCCUUUUACACAAUGUUGUAAGGCGGCCAAGGCCGCAACCUCGAUGCUAUGCGCCAUUAAGUGGUCAUUCACAGUUCUCGAUGAAGAAUGUUUAACGAAGUCUUCGGCACGUUUGUAGGGUCGAAUCUUGAACAUGCCAUCCAGGCAUGGGGACCUUGAACGUAGCAGGACUACAAUUUACUCGAAAGUAUGCAGGGACGAGCCACGAAAUUAGUAAGAAUUCAAAGCGCGUUGCCAUACCGGAUCCGCUUAAAUAACCAUAAUCACUGUCCUUUGAUUUAAAGGCAGUUGGGCGGAGACUUGAUAUAAACCUUCCGUAUCGUGCGUGGCUCGGACUACGCUCCUCGGUAAGACGAGUUUUUCCAACUUGUCAUUAAAAAUAACCUCCGGGAAUAUCCCUUCAAACUACGCGUGCCCCAAGGAAGACUGGAUGUGAGAACCCUGCCAACACCAGCCCCUCCUAGCCCGCCUAGCCCCAUCAAAAAUGGCGGGGCUAGGCGGGGCUGUGGAAGGGGCUUUGGCGGGGCAUUCAACACGACAGCCCCGCCUGGCCCCACCAGCGAAAUAAAAUUCACGGGUACGCGGGCACAGCAGAGGAUCAAGUUUAUUAACGUAAAAUGGCUAUUUGGUGAGGGGACCAACUAGCCUUUGGGCCUGGUCAACCUAUAAUUAACCCUGCCAGCACCAGCUUCGCGUAACCCCCUUAAGUACGGCGGGGCUAGAGGGGGCUAUGAAGGGAUUAGGAGGGCUGUAGAGGGGGCCGUGGCGGGGAAUUCAACACAACAGCCCCGCCUGGUCCCACCGACUAAAAAUGUGCAGGGGACGCCAGAUUUCAGCCCACUUUUGGCGCUCCUUUAAAAUAUCGACCUGUAUGAUGAGUCCCCUGAGGCACACACACAUAUAAUACCUGCUGGCAGAAGUUUCAGAGCUCAGAAUAGGCAUUUCUCGUUCAGGGGAUUGAUUGACAACUGCUGUCGACGUUGAGGGAACCUCAGACUCAGGCUCUUCAGUGGUCCCAUAAUAUGCCUUCAUCUGGUGGUACGGUGAGAGCCACCGUAAUUACGCUUCAUAAUUGUUUUGGGUGUUCGGUAAAAAACGAUUUAAAAAAUUGUAUAGGUGGACUAUGAACACCAAUGCUAACUAGUAUAUACAUGAACAUACAAGACGAUUACUUGAAUUGGUUUGUGAUUAAAUACCCAAAAAAUUAGCAUAACAUACAUAAAUUAAGUAAGACAGUUAUUAAGAGCACGAAAACAGCAUUGGUUGACACACGAUAUUAUCCGCGACCCGUGGGCGUAAACGAAUGCUUUUUCUAUGAUUUAUAUGCCCCUUUUGACAAAUUAGCUCCUUUUAAUGCCAAAGAAGGUACAAUGAGUGGUUCUUUUGAAACAUAACUUUCGAUGCAAAUACGCUUCAAAAUGUUUCAAUCCAGAGGGGGCUCUGGCCCCGCCCAGCCCCUUCCCAGCCCCUUCCCAGCCCCGCCUAUGAAGGGGCCAUGUGCUGACAGGGAAAGUAUCAUUCUCUCCAAACGUGUCGUGGAACCGUGGAAUAACCUGCCCGAGGUCACUGUAAUAUCGGGAUCUGUGGAGGCACUCCAACAUCGACUUGACAGACAUAUGCUGCAGCAAAAAGCGGACGGUGUGAUUGUGAAACCAUUAAACCAGUGAAAAACGUGAAUCAAGGUGUUCAUUCACUUGACGCUGUAAUUUUUCUACAUUGUUACAAGAUCGCUUAAUUAACCUUUGCUUUCAUGUUCUCUCAACCGCCCUGAGUGCUCUAUAGAGCAUACAUUUGAAUGCGAAGUCAAGAACUCGUGGUUAGGUGAGAUGGUAAAACGUCAUAACAGGAGCUUAAAUUCAAAAUCAGCCCUGGAGAGCCCCUCGGGGCAGUUAGUCGACAGCAAAAAAUUGAAUUGAUAAUUUUAUUUAAUGCCAGUUUACAGGCAUCGUCAAGGGAAGUGUUAAACACAAAUCCGACCAGCAGUGAAAAAAACUCCUGAGGUAAAGAAAUAAGAAUAUAGUUGAUGGUGGUUUUUAUGGUUUGGAGGGUUCAGGAGAAAAAACUGCUGGCGGCAUACAUUCGACCGUCAAGAAGGGUGGACGGGGGGUUGCACGGUAUCGGAGAUUAUCGGACGUCAAUUCCUUUCAUGAAGUUGGGGAUAGUCAAAGUAGAGGCGUUGAGGGGCCGUUGUCGUUGUUGGCCAACGAAAUUGUCCAUGGGGAGACAGGCAAUAGUGUUCAGAGACCACAAACGCCAUCGCUACGGUAGAGUCGAUCAGUGAAUUCAGCACCCAAAAUUUGUGGUAGCUUUUCUGAAUGCAAAAAUCGAGUAAUUGUUCUCUUAAAUAAAGGUUAAUUUUGCAGAUUUUUCACACUCAUGGGUAGUUUAUUCCAAAUAGCAAUUGCAUUUACAGAAAAGAGCCGACGAUAUUUAACAGUACGUGCCAGAGGAAGAAAUAAAAAAACCUCACGGUGACUGUUACGUCGUACGACGUACCCACGUGGGUGGACAUGGUGUCUUAAGGACGUGAGUGGAUUAAAUGUGUGAUUAUAUAAGAGUUUAAAUAGCAAAAAUAGUCCCUUUUGUAAUCUACGAAACCAUAAAGGAUCAAGGCCCGUAAGCCGGCAACGUUCUUGGUAAGACAAAUAUCGGUGUUCCGGGGUUAAAACUCUCCUGGUAAAAAAGUGUUGAACGGAUUCUAUUUUCUUCCGCUCAGUAGCACGCAUGAGGCUAAAUAAAAAUGAACCGUAUUCCAGACCAGGUCUAAAGUACAUGUUGUAUAGGCGCAUUCUAAUGUCCCUAGUUUUGAAGUUUCGGGGUAUAAACCCGGUCGUUCUACGUGCUUUGGAGACUAUCAACGCACAGUGCUCCGAGAGAUUGAGACUCUUGGAGUAUGGUACGCCCAGAUCCUUAAUAACCCCAGGCACAUUUAUGGUGUGACCUUCAAUACUUAGUUGAGGUUGGCGGUCGUCGCCAACCACCAUGACUGAACACUUAUGCCAGGAAAGAGAAAGGCACCAUGUGCGGCACCACUGGGCGAAAGCAUGUACAUCGCUCUUUAGGAGCUCAAGCACGAUGUCAUGAUCUGCCGGCUUAUAUCGAUAUGCAACUUUAAGAUCAUCGGCAUACAUGAAAGGCUUACCAUUCUGGAAUAAAUCGGGCACAUCAUUAACGAAAAGGCAAAAUAAAAGCGGGCCUAGUACACUACCCUGAAUGACUCCACUCCUCACACUUGUGGGGUUGGAGAUAGUAGUGGAAAUCUUAACUCGUUGUGUACGAGUGCCCAGGUAAGAGGUUAUAAAAUGUAAAAGUUUGCCACCUAUUCCGAAAGAGGACAGUUUCAAGAGAAGAAGAGCAUGGUCAACACGAUAAAAGCCUUAAUGAAAUCGAAAUAUACUGUGUAAAGUGCAAAAGCAUUGUCCCUAGCUUGGCGAACAUAGUCAAAGAAUCCAUGCGAGAACUCCGUAAAUUGUCCUCGCAUUUAUAAAGAGAAUUUCCAAGAGAGAAAAAAUAAAGAGUUCGCGGACCGCUAACAGCGCGGGGUUGUUCAGAGCUUGCCUAACUCGAACAUACUCAACUUUAAAGGCCGUUUCUUAGAAGAUCUUACUUCUGUUCAUGGCGUAUAAAACCAGUUACUCCAGCCAGACGCGGAAAUAUGUGUCGUGAAGGCAUUGGGGGGUCGGAAAAAGGAUCGAAGAUGGGACAGCAGCAUUACCAGAUUGUCCGCUCAGAAUUACGCUGGAGAACAAAGACCAAUCUGAAGAAAAUGAAGUGCUCACCGGAUCGAAAGACUUGUUCGGCUGACGUUUCGAAGAGCUGGGGCGGCUCUCCAUUAUCAAAGCGUCUAGUGAAAAAUCGAUCAGAAUUUUGAAUAAACAGCCGGAUUAGUUGGCCUUGGGCUGAUAGAUUUUCUUCUUCUUUCGCCACCUUGGCCUACUGGCCGUCACCUGUGAGUGUUGGUGGCCUCCUGUGUUGUGUGUCGUCACCUCAAUUGGGGUUAGUUGCGUUUACGUCCCCUUUUGGGUGAAUUGGUCGACAGGCCGUGUUUGCUCGGUAGUUUUAGGCUCCGUAUAACUGUCUUGUCUUCGUCACGGCGUAUGUAGUGACGUAGGACUUUAUAGGCCGAAGGAAGGUCUAGAUGCCUGUUGAUGGAGUUGGCAUCUGAGUACCAAGCCUCAAGUGUGAGAUGCUCUGUCCUUGAGGUGCCCCUGCCUAAGACGGCUGCUCCUUGAAAAUCAAAACUGUGACCAUUUUCCCGAUGUGAGCCGCAAGCUGUGAGUUUGGGUCUAGUCUCUGAGUUGCCAGUUUUUGAUCAUGUAGGCGGGUCUGCAAUUUCCGUCCGGUUUCCCCAACGUCAGCCGAACAAGUCUUUCGAUCCGGUGAGCACUUCAUUUUCUUCAGAUUAUCAGCCCGCAUCUCUUACAUUUGCUAUCCGGAGAACAAAUAGCAAAUCGAGUUUAUGCAUUCCAAGAAAGCAACCGCACAAACUCGUAUGAACAGGUUUUUUUUUCAACUGGACUAUUUUCUAGAGGGACGGCUGAGAUGCCGGAAAUUUGUUUGAAAUUAAAAUCAAAAAUUCAGGGUGGCGAACACAAUUGGUUAUAGAUCUGUGCAAUGAUUUUACCGUACUAACAACACAGGUAUUAGCUAAAAGCCCAGACACGCGUGUUUCGCCGAUCUUAUGCCGCUGCCCUACGCAGCUGCGAGGUUAUCUUCAAGGGAGAAGUAGUUCAGAUGAAUAUGCCGUUUCAUUUGGACCAGCCAGUAAUACUAAGAACGAAAGCAGCUACUCAGCCAACGCAGACCCCAUCGUUGAACCAUCCGCUCGAAGCGACAGUAUAACUAAGCCCUUAACGCCCAACGAUCUGGCCAGAGUAACGGGCUUUGGUGAAACCCAUCAGAGGACAGAACAGACCAGUGAAUGGAACGUCCGAAGCUACCCACUAAUGCCCACAACAGUGACAAAAGCAGACGGAAAUCUGACUGGCACAAAAUUGAGGUGCUUGUGCACAAAUGCCCAGAGCACAAUAUCGAAACUUGACCAACUAAAACUUCACCUAAUCGAACUGCCUCCGAAUGUUAUAGGACUGGCCGAAACCUUUCUGUCCGAGAAUAUUAGUGAUAGCAGUGUAGUCUUGAUUGAAGUGGAAGAAGAAGAAGAAGAAGAGGAAGAAGAAGAAGAAGAAGAAGAAGAAGAAGAAGAGGAAGAAGAGGAAGAAGAAGAAGAAGAAUAG